UAGUAAAGUAAUAACUGAAAAAGUUUGGGGGCCAAGUGCAAAAUGAGUAUAGUUUUGAUGAUUGAAAGAGGGAGGGAGGGAGCGGCGUGGUGGUGAGGAUGGACGUGACAGAGGUAGAGUUAAUGGAGGUGUGGAAUAAGGAAAUUGUUCCAAAGGUGAUGAACAUUGUGAGCACCAGACUCCCUCAGACAGACCUAAUUUCCCUUUUGCUUGUCACCCCUUGGAUUCAUCGGAAUCUCAUUUCUCACCCUUCCUUAUGGCUGGUUCUUGAUUUUCAUGAGAUGAAUAAUGCUGGGGAUCGUCUUGUGGCAGCUCUCUCACUGUCGAGAUACCAGAAUGUUAAGCAUAUAAACCUUGAGUUUGCCCGUGAUAUUGAAGACAAGCAUCUUGAAAUUGUUAAAAGCAAGUGCGGACAGUCAGUUAAAAAUUUAGAGGUUCUUAAUUUGAAUGGCUGCCAAAAGAUAUCUGACCUGGGAAUUGAAUUUGUAACAUACAACUGCUCAAAAUUAAAGGUUUUUUCAAUCUACUGGAAUGUCAGGGUCUCAGAUCUUGGCAUUAGGAACUUGGUGAAGAACUGCAAACUUGUGAUUGAUCUGAACUUGAGUGGUUGUAAGAAUAUCACUGAUGAAAGCCUGAAAUUGAUUGCGGAAAAUUAUCAAGGGUCGCAGCUGCUGCACCUGACAAGAUGCAUCAAGCUAACAGAUGGAGGUUUGCAAAUGAUAUUGCUCAAGUGCUCUUCACUUCAGAGCUUGAAUCUAUAUGCCCUUUCCAGUUUCACAGACGUAGCUUACAAGAAGAUAUCGCUUUUGACCCACCUUCAAUUCCUGGAUCUCUGUGGUGCUCAGAAUCUGUCCGAUGAUGGACUGUCUUGUAUAGCGAAGUGCAGUAACUUGAUUUCGCUCAAUUUGACAUGGUGUGUGCAAGUCACUGAUCAUGGAGUGAUUGCUAUUGCGGAAGGCUGUAGAUCUCUUGAGUUUCUAAGCCUGUUUGGAAUAGUUGGGGUUACAGACAAGAGCUUGGAGGCACUUUCAAGCUUCUGUUCAAAUACAAUUACAACCCUGGAUGUCAAUGGUUGUAUUGGCAUAAAGAGACGAAGCCGUGAUCAAUUGCUUCAGCUGUUCCCGAAAUUGAAGUGCUUUAAAGUCCACAGUUGAGUGUCGGCUGCAGAAAAGAAUGGUCGCUUGCUUCAAAGUGAGAAUAUCAACCUAGGACUUCACUAUAUUGAAACCAAUAUGGAACAUAACACUAAAAUUUCCCCUAGAACUUUAUCUCAUGCCAAUAUGGUAUCGCAUGCCAGACGAGUUUUUGGGUCCAGUUCAAGUUGUGCAUUGGAAACCUGGUAGCAUACAGUUUCUUUUCCUAAGGUUAUCAUGGUAUAAUGCGAAGUCUCUCUUUCCUGCCUAAUAUCAAGUUGUUGAAGUGGCUUCAUGUCAA